AUGGAUACCCAAGCCAUCAUCGCAUCCAAACCUACCAAUAAUAUUAAUGCCAUUUUUGACCACUCCUCGUUCAGUGGCACCCAAAACCCUAGUACUCUUGGUCGUCACCUUGCUCGCAGACUUGUUCAGAUAGGAAUUACAGAUGUGUUCACUGUUCCGGGCGACUUCAACCUCAUCCUUCUCGACGGUCUUAUAGCCGAGCCGGAGCUCAACCUCAUCGGUUGCUGCAAUGAGCUGAAUGCAGGCUAUGCUGCUGAUGGCUACGCCAGGUCCCGCGGCGUGAGCGCUUGCGUUGUCACUUUUACUGUGGGUGGCCUUAGUGUUAUUAAUGCCAUUGCUGGGGCUUACAGUGAAAAUCUCGCUGUUAUUUGCAUCGUUGGUGGUCCUAAUUCGAAUGAUUAUGGCAGUAACGGAAUUAUCCACCACACCAUUGGAUUGGCUGACUUCAGCCAAGAGUUCAGAUGCUUCCAAACUGUUACUUGCCACCAGGCUGUUGUGAAGGACUUGGAAGAUGCACACUUGCAGAUAGAUGAAGCUAUUGCAGUUUCUUUGAAAGAAAGCAAGCCUGUUUACAUCAGCAUAAGCUGUAACUUACCAGAUAUUCCUCAUCCAUCCUUUCCUCAAGAGCCCGCUCCAUUCUUCUUAACUCCCAAACUGACUAACCAAGAAGGCCUGGAGAUUGCAGUGGAGGCAACAGCAAAGUACUUGAACAAGGCUGUGAAACCAGUUAUUGUUUCUGGGCCUCUUCUUAGAGUUGCAAAGGCCUGUAAUUCCCUUAUUGAGUUGGCAGAUGCUUGUGGUUAUGCCAUGGCGGUCAUGCCCUCAGCCAAAGGCCUUAUACCAGAGAACCAUCCAAAUUUCAUUGGGACUUACUGGGGUGUAGUAAGCACCCCUUUCUGCACAGAAGUUGUCGAAUCAGCUGACGCUUACCUCUUUGCCGGAGCUAUAUUUGACGAACUAAAUACUGCCGCGUACUCACUUCAUGUCAAAAUGCAGAAGGCGGUGAUCAUACAGUCUCAGAGUGUAGUUAUUGCAAAUGGACCAAGAUUUGGGGACAUUCAAAUGAGGGACUUUCUCAAAGCACUUGCAAGGCGGCUCGAGUACAAUUCAACUGCUUUCAAGAACUACAGCCGGAUGCAUGUCUCAGAGGGCCUUCCUUCUCAAUGUGAUCCCAAGGAGAAUCUGAAAGUCAGCGUUCUUUUCAAAAACAUACAAAACAUGUUGUCAAGUAACACCACGGUGAUUGCAGAAGCAGGAGACUCGUGGUUUAAUUGCCAGAAGCUGAAACUCCCACAAGGAUGCGGUUAUGAGUGUCAAAUAAAUUAUGGAUCAAUCGGUUGGUCAGUUGGUGCAACUCUAGGAUAUGCACAGGCUGCACCCAAUAAGAGACUAAUUAGUUGUAUUGGUGAUGGGAGCUUCCAGAUGACGGCACAAGAUGUGUCGACUAUGCUGCGAUGUGGACAACGAAAUAUCAUAUUUUUACUUAACAAUGGCGGAUACAUGACAGAAGAACAGUUCCAUUUUGGGCCUUACAAUGUAAUCAAGAACUGGAACUACGCUGCCUUGGUUGAUGCUAUUCACAAUGGGGAAGGCAAGUGCUGGACCACCAAGGUUCAUUGUGAGGAGGAGCUUGUUGAAGCAAUUAAGACGGCGACUGAGGACAAAGAGGAAUGCUUGUGUUUCAUAGAGGUUGUUUUACACAUGGAUGACACAAGCAAGGAGCUAAUUCAGUUUGCAUGUAGACUAGCUGCCAGAGGCUGCCGACAAAAUCCAUGA